AUGGAUCCGCAAGGUCAGAAUGUGUAUGAGGGGCCGCAGUUGCCCCAGCAGCCGGCAGGCAGUGCCGGUGUUGAGCCGCCAGUGACUCAGAACCCGUUCUCGCCAGUUGGGCAGGGACAGCAAGCACCACAGCAGUUUGUGCAAAUCGACAUGACACAGAUGCAGUUGCUUAUGGCACAGAUGGUUGAGACGGCGCAAGCAGCGUCACAGGCUGCUCAGGCAGCCGUUGCAAGGCCUUCGAGCAAUUUGACUUCGGGAUUUUCGGAUGCGAAUAAGAUUCUUAAUCGCCCUUCGGAAUUUGGGUCCGGGGUACAUGACAACGAUCUUGCAAAUUGGUCUGAAUGGAGCCACUCAUUCAGAACGUGGCUGGUUUUCGCUGAAAGCCAGUUUGAGCAGGACCUAAAGCUUGUGGAGGACAACUUGCAGGGCCCUGUUGAUCUGACUGGGGCUUCGCCUGAUCGCAUUGCCAGGUCUCAGAGGCUCUACGCGAUUCUUGCAAGCAUUCUUCGUUCGAAGCCAAAAGCGAUUUUGCGUCAGGUCAGCAACAGAAACGGCCUAGAGGUCUGGCGGGUGCUCACCAAUACCUUCGCACCCAAAUCGAAAUUCAGAGGACUUGCUCUCUUGAAUGCUCUUAUGACGCUCCCGAGCUUCGGGAAAGAUCGCAGCUUGCGGGAACACAUCCAAGGCCUCGAGAGAAUAGCUGAAGAAUAUCAAAGGGUCACUGGACACUAUCCUGGGGAAGAGGUUAUGCUAGGCACACUAGUUCGUUCCCUUCCCUCUGCGAUAAAACAACACGUUCAACUUCAGAUGACAGACUCCAGUAAUUACCAAAGCAUCAGGGACUACGUUCUGGGGUAUGAAGUUACGACAACGUCUUGGACUCCGGCUAAAAUGCACCAAGCUCUUGGUGUAGUGCCUUUGCCCAGUUCUGUUGCAGGCAGCACGGCUACCACAGCGAAGCGUGUUGCGAGAGUUGAGAUUGACAUGACUUCCAGUGCGUUUCAGGAUGAUGAUGAGAUCAGCGGUCACUUGCGUGUUUUGACAAAAGUGUGCCCUGAGGAUCCAGCUGCAGCUACUGCCCAGCCGAGUUUUGCUUCAUUGUGCAAGUCUUUGGCGUUUGCAUGCGUUGACCCUUUGAAGCCACAUGUUCUUGUGCCGGUGCCAAAAGCUGAAGUGUUUGACAUGUCAUAUUCAGACAGUGACUGUGUCUGGACAGUGCCGAAUGAGAUGCGUGAAGCCGCCUGUGUGGGCUGUUUGAGCAGUGCACGAGAGUAUGUGACAUGCAGGGCCCCAGCCCGCAGCCAUGCAAGGCAAAGUAGGCGAUCACGGCAGCCAUUGCAGUGCGAGCCGACGGUGCAACCGUGCGAGAGUGCCGCUGAGCAUCUUGUGAGCCCACCUGUGCAUCCACUGCAGGACCUUCGUGUGUGUGCCGUGUCAUGGGCAGACGUGAGCAAUGAGAUUGAGGUUGUGGUCGACUCCGGGCGGGGAUGGGAUAUCAUCCACAGUGACGGUGUUCCUUACUUGACAAAUCCUGGGGGCACAGUGCGCGUGCCUAUGCACUACAGGCACAAUUCCUUGCAUGCGCGAGGCUCCAUCAUGAGCGUGGUGGUGUGUGCCAACGACUGUUUGAACGAUGACAGAGAGGACAAUGCAGUCCACGAGCCCCAGGAAGCCACGCCUCUUUCCGAAGGGGACGAGCUUGAUGAUGAAUAUGCGCACCGCAGGGAUCAACAGGUCGAGGUGCCCCAGAGCGGUGAAGCAGGUGGCCCCGAUGCUGCUGCUGUGCGUGCAAUCAAGCUUGGAAGUGCAUGGCUGAACUUGGGUAGCCAAUACACGGAGAUGCAGCCUGGAAUUUUUGCUAGGCAAGAUCAGUCGAAUCGGUUUCUUGAUGUGUCAGUGCCUUUGGGCCACCACGGAGUGAGCUUUCGCACGACCCUUCAGUACGAUGGUGCCGAAUGGAAACUGAUUGAAAUCAACUGCUUGACCAGCCUCUUCGAUGAUCUUGAGAAGGAGUUUGAGCCGAAAGGGUCCCGCCACAUCAUCACCAUCGGCUCUGUUGAUCCUUUGCAAGUUGAGAAGCUGUUUGAUCAGCAGCAUGUUCCGUGGAAUGAUGAAAGUUAUGAUGGCGAGUAUGCCGAUGCACCGCCUGAUGAAAGCAUGAUUGAGGAGGAUGAAAAUGCUGAGGAUGAUGACGGUGGCGGUGUAGGACCUGUGCCUCCCGCCGAAGUUCCUUCCCAGGGUCAUGUUGUGGUCAAUGGGGUUGAGUUGCAUCCCGGGUGUACCCUUAAGACCCUAAGGUCGGCCUGUGAAGUUCUUGGAAUAGGCAAGUCUGGAGGAAAGGCAACGGUCUUCGCGAGGAUCGAGCAACACUUGAAAACCCAGGAGUUGCUGCAACAACAUGCUUUCCAGACUGAUGGUGUGCCAUUGCCUCUUGAACAAAAGUUUGUCGAAGAGCCAACUGCAGAGCAGAAGCGUCGCCACGAGCUCAGCCAUGUGCCAUUUGCAGAUUGGUGCCCGCACUGUGUGAAAUUCCGUGCCAAAGCCGACAAACAUGUGUCGAGCAAACCCGAGCUGCGUGAUGAUUCCGUGUGCAGCUUUGAUUUUGCUUAUACAGGCCGGAGCAGCCCAGCUGAGUUUGAAGGUGCAUCAAAGGACAAGCUUGUUUGCCUUGUGUUGAAAGACUCCCACACAGGAGCGAUGCAUGCUGUGCCAACGCCAGCCAAGGGCGGACCGGUUGCAUUCAAGUAUCUUGUUGCCGAAGUUUGUCGGUUCUUGAAUUACUGUGGGCACGAGUCCGUCACGAUCAGGUCUGACGGUGAGCCAGCUUGCUUAGCGCUUCAGCAGGGCAUCAAAGCUUUCAGGACCAAGAUGGGGUUGCGAACCCACUUGGAACAGACUGAGCCAGGUGAUCACCAGUCAAAUGCUUCGGAGCAGGCCAUUGACAGCAUUCGGCAGCUUGCAGGAUGCAUUCUUGAUCAGUUUGAGGAGCGUGCUCAGACAACUGUAGGUGCAAUGCACCCAGUGCACGCAUAUGCUUGGAGGCACGCUGCCUGGCUUCACAUGCGGAUGUCACGGCACAACGACCUCAGUGCGUUUCAAGUGAUCAAUGGCAGGCCAUAUGCAGGGAAACUUGUUUGCUUCGGAGAAAAUGUCUACGCAAGGGUUAAAAGCAGUGUCAAAGGAAAAGCACGCUGGUGCAAAAUGCUUUGGCUUGGAAAACUUCCUGUGUCGGACCUACAUUUUGGGGUCACCGAAGGAGGAAUCAUGCUGUCCUCUAGGUCUGUUAGACGGUUGCCAAAGCAAUAUGAUUCAUCCUUGUGCGCCAAGCUGCGCGACAUGCCAUGGAGCCAAGCGUCUUUUCUUGCAGGCCAAGUUGGUCAAGCACGUAAGCAGAAAACGCUUGAGGGUGAUGAAGGUGCCGGAACCGAGCCUCAGGUUGAGCAGCAAGCCGAAGUGCCAUCACAAGCAGGUGCGGCGGAGAAUCCUUUGCCGUUUCCGGGUCAUCUGUUGCCCGACGAUGCAAUGCUGCAAGAGUUUGUGCCACCGCUGCCCCGAGAGCCGGUGUUGCAUUCACCUGAGCCGCCCACGCCUGUAGCGGCCACUCCAGGGCAGCAAGCAGAAACUCCGAUGCAAGUUGAAACGGCCUCGCCACUUGUGUCGUUUGAUGAUGGGCCUGGGAUCGCUUCUUCGUCCUCUGGGAUAGCACGACCUGCGACUGAGGAAGCAGGCGGGGAAGCUCCAGCCCGAAAGAAACUUCGUCUUGAUGCUGUUCAGACAAGUGCACAUGAUUGUGAAAUGUUCCAUCACGAUGAGGCUCCCGAGCUUCUUGAUGAAAGUGCAGAGCAAUUUCUUGAUUGUGCGGAUGAGUCCUUGUGGGACACUGAGGAUUGGACUGAUGAUGCAGCCAAUGCGCCUGACAUCCCUAGCAUUUUGAUUAAGCCUUUCAGUGAAACUGAGCCAGUGUGCGAUGCAUCCGAGCUUGAAGCCAUUGAUGCUGCAGCAGAUUCCUUUGAGCUUGAUCGGUUGACGAAAGCCGGUGUUCUUGAACAAAGUGAGUCCUGGCUUGAAGGGCAUCGGACAUUGUCUUCCAAGUACGUCCGCACAUGGAGGCCUAAAGUCAUCAAGGGAGAGCGCGUUUGGUUGCGCAGAGCCAGGCUGGUUGCGCGAGAAUUUGCGCAUUUAGAUCCGGGCAGGCAGCACUUGUUUGCACCGACCACGACUCAGUGCAUGCUGAGAAUUGUUCCAUCACUUUUCAUUCGCAACUUUGGGGACGGCUGGUCCCUGCUGAGUCUUGAUGUAUCCGACGCUUUCUUGCAGUGCAAGCAACAGCAUGAUACCUUGACAAAAGUCGAUGGAAAAUGGUAUAAACUUUUCCGAAUGCUGCCUGGGCAACGGGACGGAUCUGCGACCUGGUUUCAAGAUUUUAUGUGUGAGAUCCGUGCAGCUGUUGCUGCUGAGCCGUUCGCAGAGCAACCAGUGUUGUUUCGCAUCCCGCAUGCGGAAGGCAGCCACAUGUGCCAAGGAGGUGGAAUGGUGCAUGUAGAUGACAUGCUUGCAGCAGGAUUGACUGCACGCCUUCAGGAGCUUGAGAAUCACUUGAAGUCAAAGUUUAAAGUGUCCAGUGAAUGGAUCCGCCAAGUUGGUGACGAGGUUUCCUUCUUGAAGCGGCGACUGAUUUUAGUCAGCCCCAAUUUGCUGGUUGUUGAACCUGACAUCAAAUAUCUUGAGAAACUCUUGAAAAUCACUGGACUUGAUGGUGCCAAGGAGCGGUACAAGGCGGCCCCGUUCCCGACUGGAGGCCUGCCCACCGACUUGUCGUCGGACCGUGAGCUGAACUCAGAGUGUGCAUCGAAGUAUCGCUCAGCACUUGGCAUCCUGAUGUAUCUUGCUUCAGACCUGUUGGCGUGUCAAUUUGGGAUUCGAUUUUUAUCCACACAUGCCCACAAGCCUACCGAAGGCUGCUGGAAGUUACUGAGGCAUCUGACUGCCUAUGUGAAUUGCCAUAAGUCACAUGUGCUUGGUUUGGCAAAACCCCAGCUUGGGCAAGGACUGAUCUGCAAUCGCGUGUCUGAGCAGAAAACUUCUAUCCUCGAAAUGUUCUCAGACAGUGACUGGUCCGGGGAUAAGAAGACGCGCAAGUCCGUAUCUGCAUGUUGCAUUCUUUGGGACGGGCAGCUGCUUCAUUCGAGCAGCCAAACACAGAAGGUGAUCAGUCUUUCUUCAUGUGAGGCUGAGUACAACUCCCUUGUGGCUGGUUCGGCAACUGCUAUCCUCCUUAAGAAUUGCAUCAUACACCUGUGUCCGGAACUGCAUAUUGCGCUGACAUGCUUGUGCGACAAUGCAGCAGCGCGGUCUCUUGGCAAUCGCCAAGGAGUCGGACGGACUCGCCACAUCGACGGAAAGCUGUUAUGGCUUCAGCAGAUGACUCAGGAAAAGAUGCUGGACAUUUCGCCGGUUGGAACCGCGGAGAAUGUUGGUGACCUUCCCACGAAGCCGCUAAAGCCAGAGAGAGUUGAGUUCAUUCUUGCACGCUUGAAUGUUCGUGACAAAGACUGCGGCUAUGCCUUGGUUGGGAACGCCCAUUUGCUUGAUCACAGGACGCGACAUCAUGUGAGUCGCAUUGUGAAGCGAGGUGCAGUGAACCCACAGCUUGUGCUUCAGAUUCUUGCAUUGGCUUUGCAAGCAGAUUCUGUCGCCAGUGCCGAUGAUGAGCCCAAUACGCAUCGCGAUGACGCCUUGAGCCAGGGGACUGGCGAGCACGGUUACGGGGAGAUGUUUUGGAAUUUUCUUGAACAGUUGCUGUAUGCGAUUUUCUUGAUUGCUGAUUUCCUUGCAGAACAUCCCAUGCCGAGUUUUAUCGUGAGCCAAUGCGUUAUCAUUGCAGUGCUGUGUGGUAUCUUCUUGUGCCGUGGAAACAGGCCAGAAAGGUUGCAUGAGAAAGCAAGUGAGGCAGCCGCGAGCAGCGAUUCCAGCGCGCCGCAGGCAACGCCGGGUGUGUGCGUCAAUGUGACGGUCGAGGGUGCAUGUCGCAGAGUCGGGAUGAGUUACGUUGGCGUGACUGAGAACAUGCAGAGUGACAGCGUGUUCAAAGAGGUGCGUCGAUAUCUUCUGAACUUUGCGUGUGACUGCGUGUUUGUGCAUGUGUCCACGCCUUGCUCUUCUGGAUCUUACUUGCGUCGGUUCUCUGGCGGGAGCUCGUCGAAGUCGGAUUGGGAAUGGUUUGAGGUGUUUCCUUGUGUGUUGAAGUACUUGAAGCUUGGGAAGCACUCGAGCUUUGAGCUGCCAUGGAACAAUGAGAUUUGGCAACAUGACUUGUGCCAGAAGGUGCUGAAGAAGGCAGGCCACACGUUCGAUGUGCCGGUGAGGUUGGGUGGACCGAAACAGGUUUUUACACUCCGAAACUCGCUGAUGCGAUUGUUCGAGGUGCGAACUCGUGCUGCCAUGGUUCUCACGACCGAUGAGCGCAGGGAGCUGCGCCGUUUGCUGGAUAAGAUGGAUUCUGCAGAUGGCUUGGCUUCGACUGCCAAUACUUCUAUGACCGAUGGGGCCAAGCGUCUCAGAGAUGUGGGUGGAUAUCCAGAGGAUGGGUCUACUGCAUCAGGUUCUGCUUGCGGUGCCCAGCUGCCGAUUUCAAAGGGAAGCGCAAAGGGUGUCGUGAGCACGCCCAAGUGUUAUGAAGACCUCGUUGAUGCCUUCGAGGGGGAAGAGUUUGGGGAGAGUGACAAUGUGAUUGUCGUGAGCUAUGCGGGUACUGAGAUCACCUCGGUGCCACUUCCGAGUGAUCUCUCCGUGGAGGAUUGGGGUCGAACAAUCUGCGACCUGCCAAAGGUCCAGAAGAAUAAGACUUGGUUUAAGAAGUCCUAUGCGGCCUUGGUCAAGCUAUCCAAGGAGGAUAGCGACCUUGCAAGCUAUCUCAAUUGGGUCAAGGAGAAAUUUGGUCGCAGUUACGAUCCGACGACCCCAUCCAGUCAAGCCUCGGACCUUGCGGGGUAUUUGAUGAGGAUUGGUUUUUCAAAGCAGAAGGGAUUCCAGCGCAAACUGGCGGAGGAGUGA